AUGGAGGAUGGUCAUCAGUCCCCAGAACGCCAUCAAUUCCCACACCUAUCCUCAUAUUCAGAACAGGAAACAACCAGGGUGCCAUUUGCCAAGGCAGUUGCUAGUGGCUUUCCAGGCGAUACAACUCUCGUGUUCCCUGCCUCCCCUCAGCCCUCACCCCAGGUCCACCUUCCCACCCAGGCUGUUGCAGACAUAUUCUCUGAGUUCCGUGAGCAUUAUGCCAGGAUCUCCACCGCUCCUUCAGUGACACUGUCAAAGGCAAACAUGAUGGGUAGUGAGUUCCCCACAGCGAGGCUCUCCAAUAGCAAAUAUCCUGAGACCCUGGAAGUGGAGAAGCAGAGUAUUACCAAAAGCAUCUCAAAUAAGCCAGUAGAGUUGUCUUCUAAAGUGGUGGAGGUAGAUGCUUCCAAAGCUGAUCACAUGAAAAAGAUGGCUUCCAUGGGCCUGGUUCACAGCAUGGCUGGAAGUGGCUUAGUGCUCUCCAGAAGUGAGAUUCCGAAAGAAACAUCUUCUCUAAGAAAUGGCUGUGCUAUCUAUAGAUCUGAAUUUAUUAGCACUGAUCCAUCAUCCUGGGUAGUACCCAGGCCAAGAACUAAUGAAGAGAACAAUGGUGAAAGCAUGUUGAAAAACAAGGUGAUGGACUGGAUGAUAAUACAACAGCAAAGUUCUUUUUACCUUUGCAUGAAUCGCAAAGGAACUAUGAUCCCUAAUGUUUUGGGGUCAGUGUCCUGUGCAGGCCACCCCACCUCUAUAUUAACUCUAUAUUAUCAGUCCCCAACCCCACAUAGGGCAGAUGGCACUAGGACCAACAGGAGCUCUGUGGAUACCACAUCAUCCAUCAUUCAGCAAGUGGGCCAACCUCCAACCAUGCCUGUCAAGAAAAGCAGCAGCACUAGCAGCAAGGUUGCCAAAGCCAGCAGCCCAGAACUGAGUUUCAAAGCAAAUAAGAAUGGCCUUCAACCAAGCCCCCUAUUUCUACCUCCAAAUGAGGCUUUUAGGCCCCCAUCAAUUUCCCACCCCAGAAGUUACUUUCCUUACCCAGUACCUAAGGCCACUGCUAUAAGACCCUUCUCCUUACAUGACAAAGGGCCUGUCUACCCUCAUCCAGUUUUGUUGCCCAACAACAGUCUCUUUCUGGGGCGUCUUGCCUCAAAGCCUAGACUGCCUUAUGUGGUGCCCAUGGGCCAUCCAGAGUUUCUGAUCUACCAAGAUGCCCUGGGAUUUGGCAUGGUGCAACCCAUGUUGAUGACACACAGGCCCAUAGAGAUCACCAAAAAGGAGAAACCAGAGAGGAGGUCACAUUCCCAAGAAAGAGCCUGCCGCAAAGACCCAACUUUCCAGAAUCAGUUUUCUGAGAUGCUGGAAGCUAGCAGUACAGCGUUUCAUCCAGAAGUCCCCAAUGACAGUCUAAAACUGAACCCCAGCUGGAAUCAAGGUAAGAUUAUUAUCAGAAGUGAUAAGGUUGUUUAUGUAGACCAUCUCCAAGAAAAAACAGAUGCUAAAACUGAUGCAAAUGUGUCCAAACCCAGCUUCAUAAUGAAACGUGUUGGCCAGAAUGCUGAACCUGCCAGUCCCCCAAUUGUCAAGCCAUACCUGCAGCAGCAUGGUGAUUUCAUCACCCUAAGAGAGAAGUUGGGGCACAUUGAUGACUUUCAUGAACCUUAUACUAUCAAACAGACUCCAGCCAACAAAGAGAAAAAAGAGGUGGAAGCUGGCACCAACAAAAAGAACAUAGGGAUGCCAGUUUCAACAUUAUUCCUGGAGCCAACUCUAGUGAGUGAUGGUCAUGCUGUAACUUUUGGUAAAAUCCAAGAGUAUCCCAAACCAUAUUGCCUUGGCAAUGCCCCACUAAGUAUGGACAUAAUCUCUACUUACACCAAAGAUGGAGCCAAUGAGGCCAAAUCAAGUGAUGGCAAACUUCUGAAACCUAAGCCAUCUAACCUGGUAAAGAGAGUCACCACCUCAGCAGGUUGCAUGGCUGACCGAUUCAAGUGUGUUACUACUGAACUGUAUGCAGAUUCUAGUCAGCUCAGUUGGGAGCAACGGGCAUUGCAGGUCACCCCCUCUACCCACAUUUUAGCAACUUUACCUGUUGUUACAGUUUAA